AUUCAAAGGAGAAGACCUCACUGAGAAACCGACAGGCUCCCAUCAAGGUCUGGAAAGCAAAACGAGAACUUGCGUUCCCGGGAAGGGAGAGGAGAACCUGGAUGCAGACAGUGACUUGCGAACUGACAGCAGCGACAGUGAGGGAGUCCCGGAGAGAAGUGGCGAGCGGAAGGCUGCCGAGGCAGGCGAUGGGUACCUUCGUGGUCGCCAUUCGAUGCCUCGACAAAGCCAGAGGGAUUCGAGGUCACCCAGCGAGGAAAGACGCCCGCACUCCCCUCAGGCAGAGAAGCGAGACCGCAGAAGGGACGAGGCUCGCCAGCAUGAUGGAAAGAGUCACCCGAGAAGACACGGAAAGGACGAGCGAAGCAGGACCGAGGGCCAUCAUCGGAGACGAGAGGACCGAGAGGACCGGCACAGGAAGAAGGAUCGGGAGGAAGAGGAGGAGGAGGAGGAGGAGAAGCAGGAGCAGAGGCGAGGAAGAGAAAAGAAGGAACGUCGGUCCAGAGAGAAAGACCAAGAUGGAGAGAGGGAAAAAGGACGGGGAAGGGAUGCAGCCGGCAGGGAAGACAGAGACGAGAAGCCGAAACAUGGGUGGAAACGCAGCUCGGGGUCCGUCCCCCAAGAGGAGCCCCAAACUCCAGCGGGAAACCUUCCGAGCCCGGAGAAAUCUCCUCAGUUGACGCACGAGGCUUCGGCCGACAGCGGAGAGACCCUGGAGAAGCCGGCCGAGAAAGUCAACAAAUUUGCUAAGCGCAGCGACCAGGAGACCGUCUCGUCCGCCCGGGACCGCUACCUCGCUCGGCAAAUGGCGCGCCUGGGCAGCAAAACCUACGUGGAAAAAGAGGAAGAUUAGGUGCGGCUACACUGGUGGGAUCUCAGGAGGAAAAUCCGUUGGGAAUCUCAGGGGUCUUUGAGCCGAGAUAAGACGGGGGCUAUUUAUUUCAAGGAUUCUGGAUGCGAGAAGACAAGAGACGGACCUCGGAGGGAGCCGAAUCUCGUUUUAGCCUGCCUGUCUUGAGGCCGGGAGUCUGCUGUGGGCCGGAGAGCGUUUUCAGGCUUAGCCUGGGCCGGAAAAAAACAAC